AUGUAUUUAGCAUUAUGCACAGUAAUUCUGUUCACUGUGUCUGGGAACAGUUUGGUUAUCAUUGCUAUUGCUCAUUUCAAGCAGCUUCAUACACCAACAAACUUUCUGACGCUUUCUUUAGCAGUUGCUGACUUUCUUCUGGGUGGACUGGUAAUGCCACCAAGUGCGAUCAGAACUGUUGAAAAAUGUUGGUAUUUUGGGGAUCUCUUCUGUAUAUUGCAUAGCACAAUAGACCUCUUGCUUUGCAUAACUUCUAUUUUGCAUCUUUUCUUUAUUUCUAUUGAUCGCUAUUAUGCAAUUUGCCAUCCUUUUAAAUAUAAGUCCAAAUUUACAGUAAUUCUUAUAAAAAAGAUGAUUUUCAUUUGCUGGUCUCUAGCAGCUGUUUAUGGAUUUGGGAUGAUUUUCAUAGAUCUCAAUAUAAAGCCUAAAGAGAGUAUAGUUGAUGGAAUCAGUUACAAGUAUUGUGUAGGAAGUUGCACUGGUAUUCUAAAUGAAGUCUCAAGUACUAUUUCUUCAGUAAUUUCCUUUUAUAUUCCCGGAUCUAUUAUGAUUGGAAUCUAUGUCAAGAUUUACAUGGUAGCAUCAAAGCAGGCCAAAUCUUUAUGA